UCUGUUGGUUUAAAAACUGUAAUGGCGACCAUGUAAGAUGAUCGAAGAGGGUCCUGGGUCUCAACACGGAGGGCAGGUCGGCCCAUUGUCAGGGGCAAUAGGAAUGAUGACAAAACAACAGCAGGAUGAUUUGGGGCAGCGCCCGCAGUAUUCUAUGCCAGGAAUUCUACAUUUUUUGCAGACAGAAUGGGCUCGAUUCGAGAUGGAGAGAUCACAGUGGGAAGUGGAACGGGCAGAACUUCAGGCAAGGAUAGCAUUUCUUCAAGGAGAAAGGAAAGGACAGGAAAAUUUAAAACAAGAUCUGGUUCGCAGAAUCAAGAUGUUGGAGUUCGCAUUAAAACAAGAAAGAGCUAAAUAUCACAAGUUGAAAUAUGGCACAGACUUGAAUCAAGAGGACCUCAAACCUCCAUCUCUUGACAGGAAAAAUGAAGAUGAAAAUAUGGAUGGAGAAGUGAUAACACCAAAUAGCAAUGUGUCCUGGCGGCAGGGUAGACAACUUCUUAGACAAUAUCUACAGGAGAUUGGCUAUACAGACACCAUUAUUAAUGUGAGAUCUGCACGAGUCAGGUCUUUACUGGGUCUCCAGGGAAAUGCUGUAGAGAAUGAAGCUGAAGGUGCCCAACCAGCCUUAGUUAAUGGCGAGCCUGCUGCCUCCCGCAACAAUGACCAGAGCAAAGCCAGACCACCUAAGAAGGUGCCAGCUUCCCUUGUGGAAGGUGCUCUGAUGGAUAGUGAAGCCUCAGUCCUAGCUACCCUAGACUUUCUAGGCACAGAAAAUGUAGUGGAUGAUGAUGAUGAUAACCUCAGUGAUGAAAAUGAUGAUGGCAUGGCAGCAGACGAUGAGCAUGAAGUGAGAUUAGCUACAAAAAGGCCAAAUAUCAAGGUGGAUGGUCUGACUGGAAUCGUAGAUGACCGUGAUGACGACCCAGAAACAGUGGAGGCUAUGGCCGAGUUUAACUUUCUUGUGGCUGAAAAUGAUGAGGGAGCUGGGGAGGCCCGUAGUCAUGGCGAUGGCCCAGACUGGGAGAAGAGAGAUAUAGAGGAAUGGGACGUAGACCAGCAGCUUAUUUCUAAACUCAAAGAGCAGUACACAAAGGAGAGGAAAGGAAAGAAGUCAAAAUAUCAGUCAUCAAGACCUAAGAAAGCAACAUUGCAGGCCAUGCUUGCUAACCUUGGCAACGAUGAAGAGCUGCCCAACUCCCAAGGGGCCGCGGCUAGCUCGCCUCCUUCCAACGCCUCUGUGCCGGGGAAUAGCAUGCCAGAAAUAGAUGACAUGGGUAUGCAAGGUGGUGGCUCUCUGCCAUUCAACAACACUGGUAACAGGAAACAGAUCAUAGGGUCUGGGGCAGAGGAGGAAUCCCUGGAGGCCCUGGGACUGGGAGAACUGGCCAGUCUCACAGUCUCGAACGACGCAGAUCCUCUCAGUUACGACAAUAUUUCUGCCCCAAAAGAAGUUUUUAGAAAAACAUGGAAUGCAAAAUACACAUUAAGAAGUCAUUUCGAUGGUGUGCGUGCUCUAGCAUUCCACCCAGUAGAACCAGUCUUAAUAACAGGAUCAGAAGACCACACUUUAAAGUUAUGGAAUCUACAAAAGACAGUCCCAGCCAAAAAAGCAGCGUCUUUAGAUGUAGAGCCAGUUUACACCUUCAGGGCUCACAUUGGCCCUGUACUGUGUCUGGCUGUCAGUGCCACAGGAGAACAGUGCUUCAGUGGUGGCCUCGACUCCUCUAUCAGAUGUUGGAAUAUACCAAGUUCUAACAUUGACCCAUACGACUCAUUUGGUAAGUAUUGCACAGAGCCGACCGUGCUGUCAGACACAUUACAGGCCCACACAGACGCCGUGUGGGGACUGUCAAUACAUACCUCCAAGAUGCAGCUUUUGUCCUGUUCAGCAGAUGGAACUGUUCGGUUAUGGAGCCCCGGGAGUAAAACACCAUUGCUCAACACAUUUACAGUUGAUGAUGAAGAUGGUGCUCCAACCUCUGUUGACUUUGUACGUUGUGAUCCAAGUCAGAUGGUGGCUUCCUACUCUUCCUCUAACACGUAUAUAUUUGACAUAGAGAAUGGGAAACAAGUCCUCAGUUUAGAAACGAAGAUCAACCAAGAUGCUGGAGUUAGUAAUCAGAUUAACAAAGUGGUCAACCACCCAACGCUUCCUGUCACCAUCACUGCACACGAAGACAGACAUAUUAGAUUCUUUGACAAUAACACAGGAAAAAUGAUCCAUUCAAUGGUAGCACAUUUAGACGCUGUCACUAGUUUAGCUGUUGAUCCUAAUGGAUUGUAUUUGCUAUCAGGAAGUCAUGACUGUUCAAUAAGGCUGUGGAAUUUGGACAGUAAGACAUGUGUACAAGAAAUAACUGCCCAUAGAAAGAAGUUUGAUGAGUCAAUAUAUGAUGUAGCUUUCCAUCCAUCGAAACCAUACAUAGCCAGUGCAGGGGCAGACGCCUUAGCUAAAGUGUUCGUAUGACAGGAGAGACUUUUGUAGAACUAUUGUAUUAAGACAAAUCUUCCUUUGAAAGUGUGAACUGCCAAAGCAGCUACAAGGGGAACUAGCGCAGGCGAGGACUUACAUUAACACAUGAUCAUUUGAUUCAUCUUCAUUUUCAUUGUCGUCACCUCAUUUGUUGUGAGAAGAUUGAACCAGUGAACACUGGGAUGUGGUGAACCGCAGUGGAAGAAGUGUAUGAUAAUUAGUGUACUAUAAGACUUCAUGAAAACAUUCAUAACAAAUUAUUUCUUACCUGUGUAUUUACAUAACAGUAAGUGCAAACUGUUUAAUGUGUUAUCCCCUGCAUCACCACACGUGGAAGCUGAACAACAUUGAGGACCAUACUCAUUAUGAUUGUGUAUAGACACCCGUGAGCAGUAGAUGUCCAUGUGUAGUGUGUCUGUAUGUAGAGGAUAGUCAGCACCUGCUGUCGUUACGAUACAGCUUUCUCGUGUGUGGGAGCCAUCAGCUGCUACAUCUUUAUAGUAUAUACUCACUAAAAUCUUGUUCCAAAUUCUGUCAUUGCAGCUUUUGUAUCUUUGCUUCUAUCACUAGUGCUAGGUAUUUCAAAGUUGUGGGCCAUCAUUGUGGGAAAUCUGUUAUUGUUUCAUUAAAAGCUUAUAAUUGACAUGAUUUAGGAGUUCUAGUAAAGGAAUAUUACAAAAGAUAAAAAUCGGCAAAAAACAAAAAAAUCCCCACUAAUAUAGAAAUGAGAGACAGCUUUGAACACCAUUCUGUAUGAUUUCCUCGUAUCUACCUCUUACUUUCUAUCUAUCAUGGCAGUAUGAUUUUGUAAACCAUAUCCUGAAUUGAACAAAAGGUGUAGAAAUCCUCAAUGUGUGCAAAUGUAUUGCGUGUACAUAUAUAUAUAUAAAUACUUGAGUGUGUGAAUAAAAUGGAGAUGUCACCUUCAUAAGAUGGCCGCAUAGGCCCGGAUACCUGAUUUACAGUUGUGGACAUGUUAAUUUAAAAACUCUCAGUAGUUAAUCAUGCAAUGUAGGAGCUCAAGGCAGCUUGGUCCCUAGUGUUUCUAUGAAACAGCCGGGUGUCACCUAACCAGGAUCGACACCACAUACUCAACACCAGCAGUUUUAUCUGUUUGUUACCAAAUAAAACUAGUGCUAUUUUUCUUAUUUUGUGCCCCUUUAACACUUAACAAAAACUGUGAUUUUAUCUUUUUCUUUUGCAGGUUUCUAUUAAUGUUAUGACCUUUGAACUUUACAAAUGAUGUAUGUAUGCCCAUUGACUUUUUUGUCUAAUCUUCAAAAGAGGUUAGUGUGUUAGCAGAUAGGGCAUUUGGUGAAGGUUAUAGCAUAUCAUAUUUGAUCUUUUAUGCUUUACACCCCCGAUAUAAAACCAAAUUAUGUUUGUGGUUAAUUAUGAACAAAAAGCUCUUUCUGCUUUUCUGGCAACAGUAUGAAGGAAAUCAAAGAAUAGUACAUUCUUUAAGAGUGAGUUAAUGAUAACAAAAUAACUAGUCAAGUUGAAAGUCAUGACUUAAGUUUUUCUCUGUUCACUUUUUUCUCUGUUCACUUCUGAGAAAGGAAUAUUUUAGAAAAGUUUGUGAUUAGAAGCAAAAGGAGAGAAUACAUUUUUCAUUUUUUCUUGUAAUUCAAUUUGUAUAAUGUUUUUCCCGAAUGUGUGACCAUAUAUUACCUGUAUUAAUCGUGAAAUUCAUGAAGGUCACAGGGGCCAAGAUUUUACAAAGAUUUACAAGAUUUUACUCACAACUACCAACAUGUACACUUUCUUUACUCAACUAGUGUAAUAUACACAAAAAUGAUGAUGUACACAAAUUGUCUGUAAACCGCUAUCUUUGCUAUAGGAAUAUUCUCAAUAAUAGCAGCUAAUAUUGUAGAGAUUGUGAAAAAAAGUUAACAAAAUUACUGUUAUAAAUUGUAUUUGUAUACCAAUAAAUGCACAUCUGUGUCAUGUAAACCAAAACUUGCUAUGGAAGAGAUUGAUAAUAAGGAUGCAUACAUCAAAUCAACACUCAUUGCAUUUCAGGUUAACUGAAAUUUGCUCAGAACAUCUAAUAAUGAUUGGUAUUUAGUUUUAACAACACAGUAACAAUAAUAUGUUACCAGGUAUAUCAAUAUAUGUAUGAACUGUAUAUAUAACUAUCAUAGACACAUACAAGUUAACUAAUGGAGUAGGUAUAGAUAAGCCUGAUGCGAAAAGAGUAUACUAACUGGUAAAGGAAAUUGUAAUUUUAACUUAAAUUCAAUAAAGGGAAGGUAGACAGUGAAAAAAUUAGAGAUUUACUUCAAAAUGAUUGAAAACUUUUAUGGGGAAAAGAACUUGUGCCCAUAUUCAUCUAAGCUUUCAUGCUAAAGCACGGAAUCUGUGCUCAGCCCAACUUUCUUUAAAUUAGCUUAAAUCAUGAAAUGGCAGUUUAAAAGAAAAGAAAAAAACAUGAACAAUGAAAAUAAUAUCUAAUUUGAAGUCUUUCCAAAAUUAUUUCAAAUCAUUGAAAAAAUAUUAAUCCAGAGUUUUUCACAGAAAUUUGAGUCCAAACACCAAAAUGUGUAUUUGAGUACGAAUAGGGUUUCAUGAACCCAGGCCCUGGCAUGUUCCAGAAUUCAAUCAUUUUGUGAAAUGAGUUCUUGAAAUAAGUUAAUGUUGUAGAUAACACGUCAUCAUACCAACCAGAUUCUGACCGAACAUGCUUUAAUGCAAACAACAGCUUUUUGUAUGUACAUGUACAUAAAGAGUUUCAUAUCAUAGGAAAAUCAACUAACAAUAUAAAAUAUGGCACAUAAGUAUUUAAGAUAUCUUACACUAUCAGUCAAUUACAACAUAUACCAUAUUGAUGAUGCUAUGUAACCACAAUUUACUUAUGUAUUGUUUUCAAGUUCCCUAACAUUAACAUAGUUAGCAACAGCUUUGCCACUGUUCCUAAUUCUUUUUAUGUCAUCUUUCUUCAAAGGAGAGUUUUUAGGGAUAUCAAAGAUAACAAUUUAUAAAGGAGAAUUUUGAUAAUGUUGCAAUAUUUGAUUUGACACAAGAAUAGAAGGACAGAAAUGUUCCUAAUCUGUUAUUAUUGUAAUGAUCUCGGGCCAUACUUACAUGUCAUUGACAACGGUCAGAUUGUUUUGUUAGAAGCAUGUGUAGAGGAAAAGUGGAACCGUAUUGAAAGUUUAGAUGUAGAAAUGUACCAUGUGUAAAGUAUAUAUGGUCUUGAAAAGAACCUAUAAAUUGUAGUAGUUGGCCCACACAAUUUAGAUAUAUGUACAAUUGCACAGUUGUCAGUUGUAUAUAUAAUCUUCAUUAAUUACGGUACUGAUAUAGCUGUCUUGCUGUCCUUAAUCUUGAAGAUUUUAAUUAAUUCAGGGACAUUAUUUAAUAUUCAAGAUGACAAAAUUAUAAAAUUAAUUCCCAUUUCCUGUUUAUCUUGAUGUCCCUUUAAGUAGUCUCCAUGGGAAGUAAACUUUUAAUUUCUGAUCACUCAAAAUUUCAUUACAGUUUUAUUGCUAUUUCACAGAGAAUAUGUUUGCUUACAAUUUUAUGUUUCUUUUAAAGCUAUGAUUUCAGAAGACAGAUCGUUAAUACUUUCACCUGACACCAGUAUCAUGAGAUGGCAUAUGAUUUGCUUUUCGUGGGGCAUAGCAGGAACAUAAUUUGUUUUUGUAUAAAGUUUCGUUAAGAGCUUAGUGAUACUUAUGAAUAUAUUAUUGAAAUGAUAUGCUAGGAUUGUCUUGCAUAAUUUGUUCACUACAUAUCUGAUAAUAAUAUGUCUGUGUUUGCUAUUUACAUUAUUGGAUAUAUAUAUAUAUUCACUCAUGUACACAAAUAGAAAUGAGUCUUAUAACAUAUUGUUGUGCGUGUGCGGUGGACAAAUAGGGAUGGAUGACUUUAUAUAACAAUAACACUGAAGAUAAGCUUUACUGUAGCUGCAGCAAAGAUGAGAAGUUUGUUUGCUGGAGGGAUUUAUGUAAUUAUAGAUAAAAAGUGCUGCUUGCUACAGAACUAGAAAGGCAGUUAAUUUAAAAAAAAGAAUCUCUGUAAUCUCGGUUAAUUUGAGAUUUAUUAAUUUCAAUACUCUUUUUUUUCUCUUCUUUUUUUUAUGAAUUUCUUAAAAUGCACAUAAAAAUAAUACUUCAACUUUUAACAUAAACUGGAUAAAUACUUAAUAGAAAGUUGAUGAUAAUGAAAUUUAAACGGUCAUUUUCUGAAAAUAUUUUGUAUUCCUGUUAAGUGUCCAGUUGAUGUUGAAUAUUGCUGUAUAAAGGACAGUCUAGAGUGUUUCGUUAAAAAGUAAUUCACUUUCUUAGUUGUGUUAGUGAGUUGAUAUAAUUUGUGAUGUGCCAAAGUUCAGGAGUAGAUAUUCCAGUGCAUCUUUGUUCCUUCUUGUUAAAGUAGUUAUGUUUUCACUCACAAUCCAUCAUUCGAAAGACUUACAGAUUCAUUCAUGUAUUUAUAAUUAUUAUAUACAGUUAUGUAAAUCAUUUUUAACUUUUGUGGGAAUUUCAAUUCCAAUGAUAAAACAAAGAGUCUUAUGGGGGAAUUAAUCGUUUAAGAUGUAAAUUUUUAGAAUAAUGGGAAAACUAACUUGUACAUGGAUAAUAAUCCUGACAGUAAUCUAAUAUGCAGUCAUUUACAUAAACUGCUUUGGCCACAAAGCCUAGUAAUUUCAUGCCAUGGAGCGAAUGCCGUUCGUCAGUUUUAUCGUGGAAUUUCCAUAUACAAACAAUGUAUGUAAAUUACAUAUUUUAAGAUAUAUUCGUACAGAAUGAUCAGUAUUUUUCUUUUCAAAAUUCAUAACUAUUAUUGAUAACAUAGAACUGUAAAUUGUUAUCUUAAAUUUUUUAGCCAAGCUUGUUGUCACUGCUCUGAUCAUGAUCUGGUACUUAUAGCAUUUUGUAAAGCAAUAAAAUGGUUUGAAAUCAGGUGAGCGACACAGACUCAAUGGGUCACUUGUUCAUAAAUGUAUAUGCGAGAAAAGGCGUCAGAAAAACAUAUUUUUAUUAUUCAAUGUUAUUCAAUGUGUAAAUUUAUAACGAAUUGGAAAAAAAAUGGAACACAUAAUUUAUGGUGAUCAUUAUUUAAAGUUAUUUAUGCAUACUUACAAACAUGUACAGAUUUGGUUUUGUCUGAAAGAGGUUGUAGUAAAUUAUGUAGCUGUAUAUAAAUUUACUAGUCAACUGCCAUUAGAAUGACUCAAGCUGUAAAUAGCAUGACUAGAUGAUGCUUGUGCUGUAAAUGUUAUACCGCUUGCAUGUUUAAUAUGGUUUACCUGUAUAAACAGGUAAGGUUACAGGUGAAGCUAUUGUCUUUUUAAACACCAUCGUUGUCUAAAUAAUUUAUUUCUAAACGUAACCCAAGAAAUCUGAUUUUUAAUAUACUUUGAUAGAAGAAAGCAUAAGAUAUAGAAUUCUUCUUAUAAAGAUUGUCAUAUAGAUAUAUAUAUUGGGUUCAAAUAAGUUAACAAGACAAGGGAACAAGUUUAUCAAAUAAGAUUUAAUAAUGAAAUCCAUGAUGAAAUUGAGGAGGAUUGGUAUUUGAUAUGCUUUGUGAAUAGAUCCCUAAUAUGUCUGGGGUAGCCGUAGAAUGGUCGCCCACGGUGUCAGUGUCUGUAACCAUUGUAUUGUCUACCGCCAUCACCAUUCUCCUGUGUCUAUUAUGUCUGCCAAUAAAGAUUCAUUUCUACAAUACA